AGGCAUAAUUCCAUUUUGUUCCACAAUCAAGAAGAAGUUGAUUCAUUUGUUGAUAACUACACUUCAAGUGCUGAACAAGCUAAAACUGUAGAAACAAAUUAUUCGAUGAGAAAGGUGUUUUUGGUUGUGUCUGCCGGCAUGAUUACCCAAAAGGAUUUAUGAAUAUCAAACAUGGAGAAAGGAUUGGUUAUUCUGUUUUUAGUGUCAAACACCAGCUCUCUAACUCCAAUGAAAACACAACAAUGAAAAUCAUGUAUGACAUUGCAUGUACUUUGAAGGCACACCUAAUGAAAAAUGGAAAGCAUGAUUUUGUGAAGAGAGCCGAUUAUGCUAUUCCUGUCUUCCACUGCUAUGGUCAUAAGUCCUCGUGUCAGAUACAAUUUAACCCAAGAAGAAAAAAAGGAUAUGGAUUAACUGAUGGGGAAGGAGUGGAAAGACUAUGGUCAUUUCUUCGGGGAUUUUCCGGCAUGACCAAGGAGAUGAGCUCUGGUCGCCGUCUUGAUAUUCUGACAGAUGCUUUACUGCACUAUUCUUCUCGUCGACUUGAACAGUUUGGAUCUUCAUUAGCUGCUAAACUUAAAAGAUGUCCUGAACUUAUUACUAACACGCAAUCACAAAUACAAGACUUAUUUUCGAAGCUAGAUGUUCUGUAUGACUCUGAUUUAUUAGAGACAUGGAUGAAGGAAGAAGAGAAACUAAUUAAUGAGAAGAAUUCAAAACGGGCACUUCCGUUAACAAGGCAACAAAAAUAUGUGGAAAGUUUAUUGCAACUUUACCAGCUAAGAAUGCAGAUUGCUUGUAUUCAGGAAGUUGAUCAUGGUCACUUUGCGGAUAUUGUAAAAAAGACUAAGAAAGUAAUGAAACAGGUUGAAAACAUUGAGAGAAGAAAAAAGUGAAGAGGUGGAAACCUGGGAGAGAAUUUAAUACGGCAGCUUUGUUGCUGGAGCUGAAAC